AUGAAGUUCUUCAAGAAAAAGGAAAAGAGAAAGGAUGACAACUUCGACUCCCGGGGUUAUGACUCCGGCCACGCCGCCAAGGGUGGCGCCUAUGUGUCAAGCAAUGGUUACCAACACGCUGGAUACCGCCAGCCUUCCGGGAGCUCCCCACACGACCAAUACGCAUCUGGAGGAGGUACCUCUGGCCACCGAACGAGUCGGUUCCGGCCCAUGGCCACUCGCUCGUCCGCCGCCAUCGUCGUGAACCUGCCCGCGCCCGUUCUCGAGCGGAUAUUUACCUUCGUCUGCCCCCACACCACGGACGAGACCUACGAGACGUGCGAACAGAGCUCCCUAGAGGAUGCAUGCAUGCUCUGCGACUUGCGCGACCUUGCCCACUGCGUCGCCGUCUGUAAGAAAUGGAGAGCUGAGGCUCUCAAGCUGCUAUACCACAGCAUCCGCAUCGACACGGUCCACUACUGCGAGCGCGAGAUCUACCUCUCCGAGAGGCGCAAGCGCCGCUCCUUCUUCGACCGCAAUGCUGAACCCGAGGAUACGACCCAGGCGCGCCUGAAGCUGCUGUGCCGGACCCUGCGUGAAGAUCCGGCACGGCUGGGUCCCAAGGUGCAGUUCCUCAAGACGCCUUACAUGCUCCGGGAGUCCUGCCAGGCCGACUUAGCCCGGACCAUUGCCGUCCUGCCGAACCUCAAAUACGUCGACCUCCCCGAGGGUCUGUUCACCGAUGACCCCUCAUUUCUAACACUACGGCUAGAGGUCCAGGCGCGCUGCCAUGGGAUCCGAAAGAUGACAUACAUGGGCGGGGCCGAGCGCAGUCUCCAGAUGCUGGCCGGCGGUGCAAUAUGGACCAGAUUGGAGGUGCUGGAUCUGAUAAAGGUUAAUUUGGACCCCACGCUUAUGCGUCAGGUCCUCGCCAGCCUGGGAAACCUGCGUGCGCUCAAGGUCAGCGAGACGCAGUCUUUCACGGACGAAGUGCUAUACUGGAACGAUUUGCUGCCAAUGGUCCCACCCCUCGAGGAAUUUAUCCUGACCGACGUGCCCUACGUCACGGCUGAUGGCUUAAAGCAAUGGCUCAUGCUUCCCGAGGCCCAACAGGCGCUCAAGGUGUUGACCCUCAACCGCACCGGAGUCAAGCCCUGGACGCUGCACGAGGUGGUCGCCGCCACCCCGGCGCUGAACCACUUGUCGAUAAUUGACACCGUAACAGCGACCAUGCCGGCAGCAGCAGGCACGCAUAAUGUGCCUCCCCUAGCGUCGAUGAGCAUACAGACGUUGCACUACGAGAUCACGCCUAGCGCCUUCCCGUCCGCCAUUACCACAGCCAGUUAUUACAAUUACCUGGCCUCGUCCCUCCUCUCAGGCGGCUUGCCGAACCUCUGCGCCGUCUACGUCCGUGACACCAAUUUCCCGGACACACUGCUCGGUCUACCGCCCCCGAUGCCUUCUUUUGCCGAUCGAGGAAUCGUCCGUCCGGCCUCAAGCGGCUCGAGCAGCCCUUUCUCUUCCAGGUUCUCCAGCCAGAGCUUAUCCCCCGCCUUCGCGCCCGUCUCGCCGCAAGGCUUCCUCUCCGGGGGAGGACACUCACCCCCCUUCGCACCCCCGCCCCUGCAGGCGCCCCAUAAUCCCUUCCUGAGCCCCUCAGACGGCCGUCGAUCGCCCGGCCAAAACAAUCGACCCGGCCAGGGGCGGUCCCCGCCGAGCCCGUCCCCGCCUAACCAGUGGCAGCCGGGCCACCACCCGCGCUUCAGCAGCAACAACCCGUUCGCGUCCAUGGUCUCCGGCGCGCCGCCUCCCCCGGCCCCGCAGCAGCAGCAGAGCAUCGCCAACCUGCCGCACAUGCUCGAGGUCUUCACCAAGGGCGACGACGAGAUCGACUGGUCCUUCGUCAAGGUGAACCCGGGCUCGGCCCUCGGCCCCGUCGGGGGCCACCACCGCCACCAGAGCGGCGCCGGCUCGGCCAGGCGGCCCUCGAGCAGCUACGGCCUCGGCACCGACGUCAUGGGCGGGAGUGCCGGCGGCUGGAACGCGGGCUCGGGCGCGCGGAGGAGCAUCUUCGUUGGCGGCGCGGGGGGCGGGUUCCUCGAGGUGCCGACCGGCGAUAGCGGUGGCGGAGGAGGAGGAGGAGCGGGGAGGCGUAGGGCCGCCGGGUCGGGCUCCGUGAGCAGCGGUGGCGAGGGCGAGGAGCUGUGGCCCAGGCCCAAGAGCAGCGCCGGCGAGAAGAAGUGGGAGGGGAUGGACCUGUGGCGGUGA